AUGACAAAAUUGGAUGUCGAGGCACUCAUCACCGAGCUCAGUCUCCCAGAGAAGAUAUCUCUUCUUGCAGGAGCAAAUGCUUGGCAAACAGUACCCAUUGAACGUUUGAAUAUCCCAGCUGUUACAGUUUCUGACGGCCCCAAUGGAAUCCGUGGAACUCGUUUCUUUGACUCGGUUCCUUCCAAUUGUUUCCCAUGUGGAACAGGAAUGGCGUCGACAUUUAACAAAGAAUUGCUCUAUCAAGCUGGUGAAUUGAUGAGUAAAGAGGCAAAGAUGAAAGGUGUUCACUGUAUUUUGGGACCCACUUGCAACAUUGCCCGUGGUCCCUUAGGUGGCAGGGCGUUCGAGUCUUAUUCAGAGGAUCCUGUUUUGUCUGGUCAUAUCGUUUCUGCUGUGAUCAAUGGUAUUCAGGAUGGAAAGAUUGUCGCAUGUAUUAAGCAUUUUGUGUGUAAUGAUCAAGAGGACGAAAGAAAAGGUGUUGACACCAUCAUUACCGAACGUGCAUUAAGAGAAAUCUACUUGAAACCGUUCCAACUUGCUGUUCGUGAUGCAAACCCAAAAUCUUUCAUGACUGCCUACAACAAGGUUAAUGGCGAACAUGUAUCUCAGUCUAAAAAGUUAUUAGAGGAUGUCUUGAGAAAAGAAUGGGGAUGGGAUGGAAUGGUCAUGUCUGACUGGUAUGGUGUCUACUCCAUCAAGGAAUCCCUCGAUGCGGGCUUGAACUUGGAAAUGCCUGGUCCUACAAGAUUCCGUGAAAGCGUCCAAACGGUUCACAGUGUUGUUUGUAACGAGAUUCACCGCGACGUUAUUGACAAGAACGUAAGACAUGUCCUCAAGUUCAUUGACGAUUGUCUUGAAUCUGGAGUUGACCCAGACCAGGAUGAGUUGGAGAACACAGACCCUAAAGCUGCCACUUUGUUGCGCCAGAUUGGUGGGGAAUCGUUAGUUUUGUUGAAGAACGACGACAACAUCUUGCCUUUAGAUCCACAUGCCAAGAAAGGUAACGAGGUUAUCGCAGUGAUUGGUCCAAAUGCCAAAGCAGAAAGGAACUCUGGCGGAGGCUCUGCAUCUUUGAAGGCUAGAUACACUGUCACACCAUUUGAUGGUAUUGUGAACAAAGUAAAAGAAAAGGCUGGUGAUAAAGCUGUCGUUGUUGAGUAUACUUUGGGUGCCUAUUUGGAUAAAACCUUGCCAGAUAUUGGUUCCAUCAUGAAGACUGAAACUGGUGAAACUGGUGUCGAAGCAAGGUUUUACAAAGUUGCUCCAGGAACUCCAGGAAGAAAGCCCUUCGACAAGAGGAUUAGUACAAGCACUAAGCUCUUUUUAACCGACUACAAGCACCCAGAAUUGCCUGUGGGUGAACAAUUAUUCUACGUGGAUUUUGAGGGCUACUUUACCCCCGAUGAAAGUGCUACUUACGAGUUUGGAUGCUCGUGUUUGGGAACAGCACAGAUCUUCUUGGAUGACAAGCUUAUUGUCGACAAUAAAACCAAGCAACAAAGAGGUGAUGCCUUCUUCUUGGGUAUGGGCACUAGAGAAGAACGUUCAGCCGUAAAGUUGGAGAAGGGUAAGAAGUACAAGGUUAAAGUUGAGUAUGGUACUAGACCUACAUCGUCUCUUAUUGUGGACUAUCAGGAGGUUGGAGGUGUCUACUUUGGCGCUCAAAUCAAAAACACUCACGAAGAAGCAUUGCAGAAGGCCGUUGAUCUUGCGAAGAAGGCAGACAAGGUCAUUGUGGUCGGUGGAUUGUCGAAGGAAUGGGAAUCUGAAGGCUUUGACCGGCCUGACAUGGAUAUCCCAGGAUACACGAACAAGUUAGUUGAAGCGGUAAGCGAUGUUAAUCCAAACGUCAUUUUUGUCAACCAAACAGGUUCUCCAGUGACCAUGCCUUGGGUUCACAAGGUCAAGGGUUUGGUUCAAGCAUGGUAUGGAGGAAAUGAGUUGGGCAAUGCCAUUGCUGAUGUCUUGUUCGGUGAUGUCAACCCUAGUGGAAGAUUGUCUUUUACAUUCCCAGAAAAAUUGGAGCACAACCCUUCGUACUUGAACUAUGGCUCUACAAACGGCCGUGUCUUGUAUGGUGAGGACGUUUUCGUUGGCUAUAGACACUACGAAAUGGUCGACAGAAAGCCUUUGUUCCCCUUCGGAUACGGUCUCUCAUACACCACAUUUGAGUUCAAGAACGCAAAGGCUGAGGUUGGCGAAAAGACUGUCACUGUGACUGUAGAUGUGACAAACACAGGCAAGAGAGAUGGAUCAGAGGUUGUGCAAAUCUACGUGAGCCACGAGAACCCAAGGAUUAUUCGUCCAGCGAAGGAGCUCAAGGAUUUCGCAAAGGUGUUUUUGAAGAGCGGAGAAACCAAGUCUGUAUCUGUUGAAAUGCCUUUGCUUGAAGUCACAUCAUACUGGGACUCCUACAAGAACCAAUGGUUGUCCGAAAAAGCAACAUACCAUGCACUUGUGGGCGCCUCUUCAGACAACAUUGUAGGUGAUGCGGUCUUCUCAACAGAAAAGGAUGUCUACUGGUUGGGCGUCUAA